AUGUCAAAUGCUGCUGUCCUCCUCCUACUCCUCCUCUGCCCAAACGGAGACCAAAUGGCAAGAGCUCUUCUGCUUGUAGGGUUCUUAUGCAAAGUCAAGGGGUGUUUGGGGUUUCUGAUUCUCACUCAGUUAAGUCAAAAGAUGAUGACUUGGGCACCCUUGUUCAGCAUGCCAUGUAUCAGCCACAGAAAAUCUUUCCCAUGUAAGGCUAGGCGAAUUCAGUCGCUCAAGAUGCGAUUUUCAGGUACAUACGAAAGCAACAAGAUACUAAGGGUCUACCUGAUUCUCCACCAAGGAGAAAAUUGA